AAAAUAUAAAUAAAUAAAUAAAUAAACAGGAGCAGACCGUAACGACGACCAACGGAUGUUGUGUUGCCGUCCAUCCUGUUUUGCCAACUUCGAGGAUGACCUUUUGAGGGCCAGAUGUGGACCUCGAGGAAUCACUUCACGUAGAGGGAUCCGCGGGCGUCCCACCUCAAGUUUUCCAGUGCGUUACUGAGUUACCGAGUCACUGAAUUCACCCCACCACCUAUACCCCAAAAAUUACAGUUACUGAACCUCACUUGGUGGUUGUUUGCGACGAAAUAUCUUUCCGCCCAUCUCCCAGCCAGCCCACUCUUUUCCGUGGAUCGUGAAAGGCACGGGCAGGAUGAUGGUGCUGCCUAGCGUCAGAGAAAGUGUGCUUUCUACUUUCUUCUUUUCGUGGUUCCUCUGGUGGGAAGUAGAUGCUCGUACUCCGAAAGAUUGCGAAAUGGUGAACCUCAGGUCACUGGACGACCCAUUAUCCCUGACUUUGAAGGACACUAUUCUCUUGAGCAUCUUCCCUGGCGCGAACAAAUGGGACGCCUCUGCCCAGGUCACGGAUUCGACGGGCGCCCAGUGCCAUCUCGUCCUGCGACGGGACGAGAACGAAAGGUUGGAGGGUAUCAAAUGUCCCGGUGUCAACGGCGUCACCAUCUGGAAGAACAAUCAGAUCAGUGGCACCUGGAUGGACUACUUCGUAGACGUGGAGAGAUGCUUCGGCGGAGAGAACCUAUGCGCUUCUCAGAUGAGGGUCACUUUGGGGCAACAGUUACCGCUUGGGUUCUAUAAUCCCUUGUGGAAGGGGAUGCCCUUAGAACCGCCCCUCACCCUGACUUGGAAAAACAGGACCCAGGUAGAUCUGGUUGUCGGCUGUGACCGUGCAGUUUGCGUGCCGAAUUCGACAACUCUCGUGGGCCCAAUCAACUCCCGCAGGCGGUCCUUCUUCUUGAAGCCCGGAGACGCCCUUCGAGGAUUUUCGUUGCUGCUGAAGCCUUUGGUGGCCGAGUCCUACGACGUAGUUUACGUCAACCUGACGGGCGUGGCCCUCUCCGAAGGGAAUUGGGUUCAGGUCCUGCUUGAGGACACCGCGCCUUUCAAAAAGGUAGAUUUAGAAAUUACCGUCGAUGGCCAACUAGUCCUCACCCUGGAGAAAUACAAGGAUCAAUUUGUUUCAAAUACGGAUCCAAUCUAUCCAGCUGGACGGGAGCGGAAUACUGACCUGGUGUGACCCCAGGUCGUCAGGAGACUCAAGCACGGCUCAAGACCGCGUCAAAUCCGCUGUGAUCGGGGUGCUGGUCUGCACCGUCAUCCUACUCGCCGGAGCCUUCAUCUACUUCUGGAACAAGUCCCCGAAAGUCCUGCAUACGUCGAAGGACCCGGCUCCAACCGCGGGCAAGCAGCCAAACUCAAGAGGUCCCACGAGUCGACCCAGAGGCACUCCACCCGCGUCACCGGUGAGCGAGGAAUUCAUCUACGAGUCGGAACCCAGCGGACACCUUUACGAAUCGAUACGCGAGAACAGUUAUUUGUCGAUGCGCGGAGGGCAACAGCAGUCCUACGUGUCCAUGCACCCGCCUUCUCUCUACGAUGACGUCGACGGUGGGAACGGGAAUGGGAAUGGGAACAAGGAAGCAAAGGGACGAAGGAGGAACUUGUAUAUAAAUGUGUAUUAAGGCACGCAAGGUUUGUGAUGGGGUGUCUUACCUGGAUAAAGAAAUGCCAGUAAUUAUUUGAGUUUAACUCUAUUAUUAUUAUUAUUAUUAUUAUUAUUAUUAUUAUUAUUAUUAUUAUUAUUAUUAUUAUUAUUAUU